CGCGAAAUGAUAAACAUGCCCUGCGUGACAGUCGACUUGCCACAUUUGUUGCUUGUUGCGGCUCACAUCACUGAUAGCGAAUUUUAUCGCGUAGCAUUUCAAGAUGAACAACAAUAACGUCAAGGUACUCGGUCAAAAGUUGCUGUCUUAUUCGAGGCUGCGCUGGCGUGUCAAAAAUGCCAGCAGCUUCAUGACGACCGCCGCGGAUCGAUCCACCGUCGAGCAGUGUCAACAAACCAACAGUGUUAACCAAAAAUCCGACCUCUGCAAGGAUCUGCAGUACAAGAUCAAGUUGUCCGGGCCGCUGAGCGUGGCCGGCUACAUGAAGCACGUGCUCACCCAUCCGGCCAAGGGCUACUACAUCAACAAAGAUGUACUGGGACCGGAGGGCGACUUCGUCACGUCACCCGAGCUCAGCCAGUUGUUCGGGGAGAUGAUCGCCGUCUGGAUAAUAAGCGAGUGCAAGAAGAUACACAACAAGAAGUUUCAGAUCGUGGAGCUAGGGCCCGGUCGUGGCACGCUGUCCAGAGAUAUCUUGAGGGUCUUCGACAAGCUCAAGAUGAACGAAGAGGUGUCUUUGCAUCUUGUGGAAGUUAGCCAAGCUCUGGCCAAAGUGCAGAAAGACAUGCUCUGUGGGUCUGAAUCGAGUUCGGAAGAUAGUAAAGAGAGUAAGGGCAAACACUACAUGAAAGGCAAAACAUCUAAUGGAAUAGACGUCUAUUGGUACAAAUCUGUGAUCGAUCUUCCUCAAGGAUUCAGUAUCUUUAUAGCGCAAGAGUUCUUCGAUGCCUUGCCAAUACACAAGUUUCAAAAGACAACAGAUGGAUGGUUCGAGGUGAUGGUGGAUGUCGAUGCGAGCAAUGAACAAGAGGAUAAAUUUAAAUUUGUUCUAGCCAAAACAGAAGCGUGUGAUGCUAUUUUAGAUAAAAACGAUCCCAGAGAUCAUGUAGAAAUAAGCCUCGAAGCGAUGAAUGUAAUUAGGUACACUUCUACUGCUAUUGCCCAGAAUGGAGGUUUCAUGCUGAUUAUUGAUUAUGGGCACAGUGGGGAAAAAACUGAUACGUUCAGGGCUUUCCGACAACACAAGCAAGUAGAUCCAUUGGUGGAACCAGGAUUAUCUGAUUUGACUGCAGAUGUGGAUUUUGCCCUUUUGAAAAGGAUAGCUAGAUAUCACAACAACACUUUGUGCUUUGGACCUGUAACUCAAAAAGACUUUUUAACUGAAUUAGGAAUCAAUAUUCGUUUAGCAAAUUUAUGUAAAAAUGCUACACCUGCCCAAAGAAAGCAAUUGGAACAUGGUUAUAAUAAGAUAGUUGGCGAUGAUGAGAUGGGAACUUGUUUUAAAGUUGUUGCCAUGUUUCCCAAUGUUUUAAAGGAUCAUUUUAAAAAAUUCCCUGUCUAUGGAUUUAAUACCUACAAUGAAGAUGAUUUAAAGUGAAUCACUAGUUAGACACUAAUUUAUUUGUUACAACUAAUAUGAUAGUUGAAUUUUUUGUACUUAUCUAGUCUAAUUAAAGAACUAAGUUCAUUUGUAAAAA